AUGCCGCAAUUUUCAUUGAGAAAGAAUGAAAAACUUUCUAUCCAACCCAACAAUACAAACAGUCUCUCAUCGACAUCAUCAGCUGUUUUAAGCACAUCUCCAAAUAAUCAAAAUAAUUCACCCAUGAAGAGAGAAUCAGUCUCCGAGGCUAGACUUUCUCCCGAUAAUAUUGAAAAAAUAGAAAAAAUAGGUGAAGGUGCCUUUGGUGAAGUUUGGAAGGGAAUCAACAAGCUAAAUGGUGAGACAAUCGCUAUCAAAAUUAUUGAUCUUGAAGAGGCUACGGAUGAAAUUGAGGAUAUUCAAAAAGAAGUUCACGUUCAGAUGAGUACUAACUCUCCACAUGUAGUUAAAGUUUAUGGAGCUUUUAUCAAUGGAUCUUUUUUGUGGAUUAUUAUGGAUCUUUUAUUGUGUUCAAUUCAAGAUAUUAUGGAAAUUCAAUCAAAACAACGAGGUUCUUCUGAAACAAAGGGUCUUGAAGAAAAACAUAUUGCUGUAAUCAUGAGAGAAACAUUAAAGGGAUUGGAAUACUUGCACGGAGAAGAUAAAAUUCACAGAGACAUCAAAAGUGCUAAUAUUUUGAUCUCCAAAGAUUGUCAAAUUAAAAUCGGAGACUUUGGAGUUUCUGGACAAUUAACAAACACCAUGGGAAAUAGAAAGAGAUAUACAUUUGUUGGUACCCCAUAUUAUAUGGCCCCAGAAGUUAUUGUUCGUCAAGGUUACACAGAAAAAGCAGAUAUUUGGUCUUUAGGAAUAACAGCAAUUGAAAUGUACAAAGGAGUUCCUCCUUUAAGUCACUUAAAGCCAUUACAAGCUUUAUUAAAAAUUCCAAAAGAACCAGCACCAAAAUUAGAUGAUCCAAAAGUAUCAAAAUAUUUUAAAGAGUUUGUGGAGUUAUGUUUACAAAAAGAGCCAAGUUCAAGACCAAGCGCCAAAGAUCUUCUUAAAACCAAAUUUAUUAAGAAUGCAAAGAAGAGUUCUACUCUUCUUGAUCUAGUUGAAGCCAAAUUAAAUUAUGUAAAGCCAAUUACGGAUACUAAAAAUCCUUCUGAAUCAUCAUCAAGUGAUGAUUCAUCAGACGAUUCAGAUGAUGACGAUGAUGAAGAAGGAACAAUUGUAAAUAGAAAAGAUAACGAUGGAUGGGAUUUUGGAACUGUGAAAGAAAAGAAAAAACCAGUACAACAAAUUUCAGACAAUGCAAAAGAAGAUGUCAUUCCAACCAAACUUGCUCCAUCAACUGGUAAUAAGAUGAAAUUUGAUUUUGGUGACGAUUCAGAUGAUUCAGAUUCAGAUGAUGAUUCAGAUGGUGGCAAUAAUGACGAUGAUGAUUCAGAUGAUGAUGAAGAAAAUAUGAAUACCAUCAAAAAGGCACCAAAACAAUUACUUGAAGUAAGCAAACCUUCACCGAGUACACCACAAAAUAAUACCCUUUCGAAUUCAACAGAUCAAAUCUAUGCAGAAAUUCUGUAUGAUAUCCUUUAUGAUAUUUCACAAGAUGACCUUUCCGAAAGAUUCCAAUUAGCAGAAGCAUCUCAAAAGGGUCUUUGUAAAUCAGUAAUUAAUUCCAUUCUUUUUAGAAUUGACAAAAAGAUUAAAGAAGGUGUUCUACCAGAAGAGGCUAGAAAUCCUUCAAAAGAUCUCAAAUAAUUUGUAAAAUAAGAGAUAUCAAUAAUAUUUAAAAUGGAAAUAUAUUUAUUGUAAA